UUAUCGAAUAUGGCAAAUCUUUAAUUGGGAAUCCAUCUCGCUGUAUGGCAGUUUCCCAUCCCUUCCUACCUAUUAUUCUGUUCAAUUUCGCCGGUCUUUAUUUCCGAAUGCCACCUACGAGGAAGAGGGGCAUAAAAGAGAUGGCCUGAAACUUCGUUACUCUGCUCUCUGUCUCGAGGAGAAAGGAGAGAGAUGGCGAGAGGAGAGAGAGAGGAGGCUGGUGGGAGAACCGAAGGGAGUUCUUCCUCCAGGUCCUCCUUUUGGACGAUAUUUAUGCAUGCCGAUACUGUGGAUCGUUUCUUGAUGACUGUGGGAUUCAUCGGCGCCGUCGGCGACGGCGUGUCCUUGCCUGUCAUGUUUUACCUAACCAGUAGAAUCAUUAAUGAUUUGGGGAGUGGCCCUUCUUCCUUGUCUGAUUUCAGUGGCUCUAUCAGCAAGGGUGCCGUCAACAUGCUGUACUUGGCGUGCGGAAGUUUUGUGGUGUCCUUUUGCGAGGGAUAUUGCUGGACGAGGACCGGCGAGCGUCAAGCCUCGCGAAUGCGAUCGCGGUACCUGAAAGCGGUGAUGAGGCAGGACAUCGAGUACUUCGACCUCAACGCCGGGUCCGGCACCGAGGUCAUCACCAGCGUCUCCAGCGACAGCCUCGUGGUCCAAGACGCCAUCAGCGAGAAGGUGCCCAACUUCAUCAUGAACGCGUCCACAUGCGUGGGCAGCUACGUUGCCGGAUUCGUCAUGAUGUGGAGGCUGGCCCUGGUGGCCUGCCCGACGGUGGUGCUCCUAAUUAUUCCCGGCCUCAUGUACGGGCGGAUUCUCAUGGGCCUGGCGAGAAAGAUCGGCGAGGAGUACAACAAGGCCGGCACCAUCGUGGAGCAGUCCGUCUCCUCCAUCCGCACCGUCUACUCCUUCACGGCGGAGGCCGGCACCAUGGCCAAGUUCUCUGCCGCGCUCGAGCACUCCGUCAAGCUCGGCCUCAAGCAGGGCCUCGCCAAGGGUCUCGCCAUCGGGAGCAACGGCAUCACCUUCGCCAUCUGGUCCUUCAUGGCCUGGUACGGCAGCCGCCUCGUCAUGUACCACGGCGCAAAGGGCGGUACCGUCUUCGCGGUUGGGGGUUCCGUCAUCGUCGGCGGCCUGGCGCUGGGAUCGGGUCUUUCCAAUGUGAAGUACUUCUCGGAGGCAAGCUCAGCCGGAGAGCGCAUAAUGAAGGUAAUCAGGCGGGUUCCCAAGAUCGACACCGAGAGCAGUUACGGUCAAGUGUUGGCGAGCGUGUCCGGGAGCGUACAAUUCAAGAGGGUGCAAUUCGCUUACCCAUCGCGACCGGCGACCUUCAUAUUCCGGGACUUCAAUCUGACGGUGCCGGCGGGGAUGACGGUGGCGCUGGUGGGCGGCAGCGGGUCGGGGAAGUCGACGGUGAUUGCGCUGUUGGAACGCUUCUACGACCCGCUCGGGGGAGAGAUUUUGCUUGAUGGGGUGGACAUCAGGAGGCUGAAGCUCAAGUGGCUGAGGUCGCAGAUGGGGUUGGUGAGCCAGGAGCCUGCUCUGUUCGCCACAUCCAUCAAGGAAAACAUACUCUUCGGGAAGGAAGACGCGACCAUGGAGGAGGUGGUGGCAGCCGCCAAGGUAGCAAACGCCCACAACUUCAUCUCUCAGCUGCCGCAGGGAUACGACACCCAGGUAGGAGAAAGAGGCGUGCAGAUGUCGGGAGGACAGAAGCAAAGGAUAGCUAUUGCGAGGGCGGUGCUCAAGUCACCCAAGAUCCUCCUCCUCGACGAGGCCACAAGUGCACUGGACUCGGAGUCGGAGCGGGUCGUCCAAGAAGCGCUCGACCUGGCGUCCGUCGGCAGGACCGCUAUCGUGAUCGCGCACCGCCUCUCCACCAUAAGAAACGCCGACGUGAUCACGGUGGUUCAAGAUGGCCAGGUCAUGGAAAGCGGCUCCCACGAUGAUCUCAUCGGCAACGAAGAGGGGCUUUACUCGUCGCUCGUCCGCUUACAACAGACGGCAAGAGCUACAAAAGUCGAAGGAGGAACGUCCUCCUCCGCCGUGAAUGAAAUCACGUCAGAUUCGCGGACUGGAAGCAACGGCAGCAUGAGCAGGAGGUUGUCGGCCGCCAGCAGGAGCAGCUCAAAGAGGUCCUCUGACACGUCUGCCGAUGGCGACGAUGAGACCUUUAAGCAGCCAAAAAUCCUGGAACCUUCGUUCCGGAGGCUGUUGACGCUGAACACGCCGGAGUGGAAGCAGUCGCUGCUGGGGAGCCUCGGCGCGAUAUUGUUCGGUGCGAUUCAGCCGACGUAUGCAUUCGCAAUGGGUGGCCUGGUGUCGGUGUUCUUCACGAACGAUAACGACCGGAUCAAGUCGAAAACGAGGACCUACGCGCUCAUCUUCGUGGCGUUGUCGAUCUUAUCUUUCGUCACCAACGUCGUGCAGCACUACAACUUUGGUGCCAUGGGGGAGUACCUGACGAAGCGGGUAAGAGAGAAGAUGCUCUCCAAGAUCCUUACUUUCGAAGUGGGCUGGUUCGACGAGGAUGAGAACUCUACCGGAGCCGUUCUCGCUCGACUCGCUAAUGAUGCCAACGUGGUACGAUCAUUGGUGGGCGAUCGAUUGUCUCUAAUAAUUCAGACGGCCUCGGCGGUGGCAAUUGCAUGGACCAUGGGGCUGGUCAUCGCAUGGAGGCUGGCCCUUGUCAUAAUUGCCGUGCAACCCCUCAUUAUCGUCUCCUUCUAUGCUCGACGUGUCCUCCUGAAGAGGUUGUCGGCGAAGGCCAUCAAGUCACAGUCCCAGAGCAGCAAGAUCGCGGCCGAGGCCGUCUCCAACCUGCGCACCAUCGCCGCCUUCUCCUCGCAGGACCGGAUCCUCCAGAUGUUCCAAGCUGCGCAGGAAGGCCCUCGCCGCGAGAGCAUCCGGCAGUCGUGGUUCGCCGGCAUCGGCCUCGGUUUCUCCCAGAGCGUCAUGCACUGCACCUGGGCCCUCGAUUUCUGGUACGGUGGCAAGCUCAUCGAUCAAGGGUACAUCACCUCAAAGGCCCUCUUCCAGACCUUCAUGAUUCUCGUCAGCACCGGCCGUGUCAUUGCCGAAGCAGGCAGCAUGACCACCGACCUGGCCAAGGGCGCCGACGCCGUGGGCUCGGUUUUCGGUGUGCUGGACCGCGACACCCGCAUCGAGCCCAACGAUCAGGAGGGGCAGCGCCCGAAGAAAGUCUACGGAGACAUCGAUAUCCGCGGCGUGGACUUCGCUUACCCAGCACGCCCUGACGUCGUCGUCUUCAGACAUUUCACCCUCCACAUCGAGGCAGGCAAGUCAACCGCACUGGUAGGGCAGAGCGGGUCCGGAAAGUCGACCAUCAUCGGACUCAUCGAACGAUUCUAUGACCCACUUAAAGGGACAGUCAAGAUCGACGGAAGGGACAUCAAGUCCUACAACCUCCGAUCGCUGAGGAAGCACAUCGGCAUGGUGGGACAGGAGCCGACGCUGUUUGCCGGGACCAUCCAGGAGAACAUCGCGUACGGGACUGAAGAGGCCACCGCUGCGGAGAUAGAGGACGCCGCCAGGGCCGCAAACGCUCACGACUUCAUCAGCUCUCUCAAAGACGGCUACCACACAUACUGCGGCGACCGCGGGGUGCAGCUAUCCGGCGGGCAGAAGCAGAGGAUCGCGAUUGCGAGAGCCAUACUGAAGAACCCAACGAUACUACUGCUGGACGAGGCCACGAGCGCGCUCGACAGUCAGUCGGAGAAGAUGGUGCAGGAGGCGUUGGAGAGGCUGAUGGUGGGGAGGACCAGCGUGGUGGUGGCGCACAGGCUGAGCACCAUCCAGAACUGCGACCUCAUCGCUGUAUUGGACAAGGGGGUGGUGGUGGAGAAGGGCACCCACGCGUCGCUUCUGGCCAAGGGGCCCAAAGGGUCGUACCACGCCUUGGUCAGCCUCCAACAAGGCAACAAGGGCGCUUGAAGUCCCGGCCAGAGUCAUUUUUGCUCUCUGCUUCAGUCACCUGCACCAAGCCACGCGAAUCUUUCCUUCCCCAUGUCUCUGCUGCUGUAGAUUAGCUCUCAGAACCUUUUUAGGUGACGAAUAUUAUGAUACUUGUACACGUGGGUAUCUUACUGUUUACGAUGUUAGCAUAUACAAGUCUCAAGGUUUUGGCCCCAUCGCCUUAUGUAUGAAGACACUCGCGAUGGCUUACAUUCGAAUUCUGAUUGUGAUUUUAAUUUAUUAAUCCAAUGGCUAAAAUUAAUGUGUCCUUCGCAAUCACGUCGAAGGCUUCGCUCGCUA